AUGGAUAGAUACCUUGACUACUGGAACCUAAUGUGCUAUGACUACGCCGGAUCUUGGGAUCGGACAUCGGGGCACGCCGCGAACCUGUACGCGUCGCCCGAUAAGCCUGAGACCACUCCCUUCAACACAGACCAGGCAGUGUCCGCAUAUCUGAGGGUCGGGAUCCCCGCGCACAAGAUUAUAAUUGGGAUGCCUCUUUACGGGCGUGCCUUUGGUGAAACUCAAGGACCAGGCACCAGCUUCACCUCGAUACCUGCUGGCCACUAUGAGCCAGGCGUAUACGAUUACAAGGACUUGCCCUUAUCCAAUCGGUCUGUCAUCCAGGAGGAUUCGAAGUUAGGCGCGAGCUGGAGCUAUGACAGUGCUCAACGAGUUAUGGUGAGCUUUGAUACCCAGAGUAUUGUAAACCUGAAGGCAAAGUAUAUCCGCAAAAAGGGGCUUGGUGGGGGCGUUUUCUGGGAGGCCAGCGGCGAUGGCUCUAGGGAAAACAGUUUGAUAUUUGCGUUCCUCAGUGCCAUUGGCGGCAAGCAGGUCCUGCAGCAAUCUCCAAAUCACAUCCUCUACCCAGACUCUAAGUAUGAGAACAUACGCUCAGUACCUAGCAGUCUAGAGGAUCUAUAG